AUGGAUUCUAUUGUUUCAGCUGCAUCUGUAAUAGCUGCUGGUCUUGCUGUAGGUUUAGCUGCCAUUGGCCCAGGUAUAGGACAAGGAAGUGCAGCUGCAAAUGCUGUCGAAGGUAUAGCAAGACAACCAGAAGUUGAAGGUAAAAUUAGAGGGACUCUUUUAUUAAGUUUAGCUUUUAUGGAGUCACUAACAAUUUAUGGAUUAGUAGUUGCUUUAUCUUUACUAUUUGCUAAUCCUUAUACAGGUUAA